AUUGUGCCUGUUAUCCUAUUGGUUAUUGUGCUGUAGACCAGGUGAAGCUUGUCACACACUUGCUAUAUAAGCAGUUCAACUCUAGUCACUCUGCUGAUACACUUUUGGUCCUUUGUAGUAUUAUAACAAACUAAGCAUCAUGUCUGGUCGUGGGAAGAAAGUUGUGGCAGCUGCUAAGACUAAGUCCUCCGUGUCCCGCUCUACACGCGCUGGGCUUCAGUUUCCAGUUGGCCGCAUUGCGCGCCUCCUGAGGAAAGGCAACUAUGCACAGCGGAUUGGCUCUGGGGCUGCUGUUUACCUCACUGCGGUACUGGAGUAUCUGUGUGCGGAGGUGCUGGAACUGGCUGGAAAUGCCAGCAGAGACAACAAGAAGCUGCGCAUUGCUCCCCGCCACAUUCAGCUGGCUGUGAGGAACGAUGAGGAGCUGAACACACUGCUGGGUGGAGUCACUAUCAGUGAAGGAGGAGUGCUGCCCAACAUUCAGGCCCAACUCCUGCCCAAGAAGACCAAGGCACCCCGAGAGGCCAACAACAGCAAGGACAUUCAAUCCCAGGAGUUUUAAACCUCUCAUAUGUGCACUUGUGUAAUUUUAAUAUUUUUAGUCAAUAAACUUGUAUUAAUUUA